AUGCAGUGUGUUGAGAUCACCAUGCAGUCUGUUGAGAUCACCAUGCAGUCUGUUGAGAUCACCAUGCAGUCUGCUGAGAUCACCAUGCAGUCUGUUGAGAUCACCAUGCAGUGUGUUGAGAUCACCAUGCAGUGUGUUGAUAUCACCAUGCAGUGUGUUGAGAUCACCAUGCAGUGUGUUGAGAUCACCAUGCAGUGUGUUGAGAUCACCAUGCAGUGUGUUGAGAUCACCAUGCAGUGUGUUGAGAUCACCAUGCAGUGUGUUGAGAUCACCAUGCAGUGUGUUAAGAUCACCAUGCAGUGUGUUAAGAUCACCAUGCAGUGUGUUGAGAUCACCAUGCAGUGUGUUGAGAUCACCAUGCAGUGUGUUGAGAUCACCAUGCAGUGUGUUAAGAUCACCAUGCAGUGUGUUAAGAUCACCAUGCAGUGUGUUGAGAUCACCAUGCAGUGUGUUGAGAUCACCAUGCAGUGUGUUAAGAUCAUCAUGCAGUGUGUUAAGAUCACCAUGCAGUGUGUUGAGAUCACCAUGCAGUGUGUUGAGAUCACCAUGCAGUGUGUUGAGAUCACCAUGCAGUGUGUUAAGAUCACCAUGCAGUGUGUUGAGAUCACCAUGCAGUGUGUUGAGAUCACCAUGCAGUGUGUUGAGAUCACCAUGCAGUGUGUUGAGAUCACCAUGCAGUGUGUUGAGAUCACCAUGCAGUGUGUUAAGAUCACCAUGCAGUGUGUUGAGAUCACCAUGCAGUGUGUUGAGAUCAUCAUGCAGUCUGCUGAGAUCACCAUGCAGUGUGUUAAGAUCACCAUGCAGUGUGUUAAGAUCACCAUGCAGUGUGUUGAGAUCACCAUGCAGUGUGCUGAGAUCACCAUGCAGUGUGUUGAGAUCACCAUGCAGUGUGUUAAGAUCACCAUGCAGUCUGCUGAGAUCACCAUGCAGUGUGUUAAGAUCACCAUGCAGUGUGUUGAGAUCACCAUGCAGUGUGUUAAGAUCACCAUGCAGUGUGUUGAUCACCAUGCAGUCUGCUGA